ACUUGAAGCAACAGAAUAAAAAAUAAAACACGUCUAAUUUAUUUUAGAUAAUACACUUGUUGCAAUAAUUUAAAUACAGUUGUCUUUAAUCCAGACUAUAUUCAUAAGGAUACUUGUGGCGAGCUAGGUAAAUAUGAAAACAGGUCUGCUUUUAGUUCUUCUACUUGUUUUGUGCAUUGGAGGGAGUUAUGCUCGCUGUCGUAUUCGUCUUUGGGGAACUUGUAUUCUUGAACGGAGAAGUGGUAAGGCUGGACAGAAAAUUAACUUACCUUGCAAGUUUAAGCUUCUUGACCAAAACAUUGAUGGGGAGAUUUCUGUAGAAGAAGUUUUGACAGCCUUCUCGGGCCCUGACAGUCCCAUGUACACCAAAGCUUUGACGGAUAUAAUGCAUGCAAUAGAUCGUAACGGGGAUGGACGCGUCGAUAUGGAUGAAUUCACCCAGAGCAAACUCUAUCUUCAACAGACCCGGCUUUUCAAGAGUUGUGUUUGAGGAAAUAAAAAAAUUGAAAUGAUAA